GCGGGAGCGGCGGAGACAUGAGGCGGAGACACCGGGAAGGAGGAGGGGCAGACACCGGGGGAGCAGAAACAUCUGUCACCCUCGGGCUAAGAAGAUAUCCCAGGCUACAUUCUGUUUUCUGCUGCAUUCAACACAUGGAGAGAUUCUGAUUUUUAUUUUCUGGAUGGAACUUACUCCUAGGCAUGGAAGAGACAUUGUUCUGCUCCUGAAUUGAAAUUAUUGAUGAGGUGCCCCCUCCUCUGAGUUAGAAAUUCUCUCUACUCACAUAGGAGUAGUUGGAUAACAGUGAGGAUCUCCAAGUCUGUGAUUGGCUGACAUGGGGCUGGCCCAGGCUCUGCUGCUUUCAUCUCUACAAAGAAUUUGUUGUGGGGCUAUGAACAGGUUUUUCUUUGAGACAUUCUUGUGAAUAUGGAUCGAUGCAAACACGUAGGACGCCUGCGUCUGGCCCAGGACCACUCCAUCCUAAACCCACAGAAAUGGCGUUGUGUGGACUGUGACACACGGGAGUCCGUAUGGGCAUGUCUUAAGUGUUCCCAUGUUGCUUGUGGACGCUAUAUUGAAGAGCACUCUUUGCGCCACUUUCAAGAGAGCAACCACCCUCUAGUGAUGGAGGUGCAUGAGCUUUAUGUAUUUUGCUAUUUGUGCCAGGACUAUGUAUUAAAUGAUAACCCUGAGGGAGACUUGAAGCUGCUUAGAAGCGCCCUCUCUGCUGUGCGCAGCCAGAAGCAGGAAGAAACAAGCCGCAGAAGCUUACGUUCCCAAGCUUCAACAAGUGAUGGGAGUGGUUGCCACAGAUCACCACAAGGGCACACAAUGAUGCUCACCGCUCUGCGCCACAGACGCCAGGCUUUGUUGGCCAAAGCACUGCGGUCUUGGUUUGAAAGAAGUUCACUGGGACAGAUAAAGUUAGAGGAGAGGAGGCAACAGGCUGAACUUGAAAGGCGAAAAGAAGAAGCCAGGCUGAAAAGGCAAGAAGUGAAACGGCGCCUUCUUGAAGAGCUUGCAAACACCCCCCCAAGGAAAAGUGCACGUUUGCUGUCUCACACAAACCGGGACAGCCUUAUUCCACGCAAAUUCAGGGACAUGACAUCCAGCAGCCCCUCUUCUAGGCGUGAGGCACGUAGACGCUUCAACCAGCUGUAUUCCAUCAGGCCCACUGUGACACCAGGAGUAACUGGACUUAGAAAUCUGGGAAACACCUGCUACAUGAACUCUAUCUUACAAGUGCUCAGCCACCUGCAGAAGUUUAGGGAGUGCUUUCUCACCCUCGAUACCUGUGAGAAGGAAGAACUAUUGGCAAGAACUGGCACCAAUGGCAAACACCAUGUAACUGACAGUGGGGGAGGAGGACUCCCCGCUUUGGGACCAAGAUUGAAUGGAGAGUCCUCCAUAAGCAAAAGUUUGGAACUGAUUCAAGCCAAGGAACCCAGCACCAAACAACUGUCCCUAUGCCACGAGCUGCACACUCUGUUCCGGGUGAUGUGGUCAGGAAAGUGGGCGCUGGUUUCGCCCUUUGCCAUGCUGCACUCAGUGUGGAAUCUAAUCCCAGCUUUCCGGGGUUAUGAUCAGCAGGAUGCCCAAGAGUUCCUAUGUGAGCUGUUGGAUAAAGUGCAGCAAGAGCUAGAGUCUGAAGGCAACAAACACAGGAUACUUAUACCUAUUUCCCAGAGAAAACUAACUAAACAGGUGUUGAAAGUAGUGAAUACGAUAUUCCAUGGGCAGCUGCUCAGUCAGGUCACCUGCUUAACGUGCAGCUAUAAGUCUGACACAGUAGAACCCUUCUGGGAUCUGUCUUUAGAGUUUCCUGAACGCUACCACUGCCUGGAAAAGGGGAUUGCUCCUGUCACCACUACUGAAUGCACACUUACUGAAAUGCUGGCUAAGUUCACAGAAACAGAAGCCCUGGAGGGAAGAAUAUAUGCCUGUGAUCAAUGUAACAGCAGAAGGAGAAAGUCCUCCCCAAAACCCUUGUUGCUGAGUGAGGCAAAGAAACAACUCAUGAUCUUCAGACUACCUCAGGUCCUGCGGCUGCAUCUCAAGCGCUUCAGGUGGUCUGGACGGAAUCACAGAGAGAAGAUUGGAGUUCAUGUAUUUUUUGACCAGGUGUUAAACAUGGAGCCAUACUGUAGAAGUGUGUUGCCGUCGUCCGAUACAGGGACUUUUCUUUAUGACCUCUCUGCAGUUGUCAUGCAUCAUGGUAAAGGCUUUGGCUCUGGACACUACACUGCAUACUGCUAUAAUACAGAGGGGGGCUUUUGGGUGCACUGCAAUGAUUCGAAACUGAACAUGUGCUCUGUGGAGGAGGUGUGCAGGACACAAGCCUACAUCCUUUUCUACACUCAGCGGAGUAACACACAAAAUACUACACAGAGUGGAGUACCGAACAGCAACAUCCAGAGUGAUGCAGGGAUCCCUGACCUCCCCUUCCCAUCUCAGGAUCCGUCCAAUCCACAAGAAUCCAGCCAAAAGACUAUUGCUCCCUGACAUUUCUGGUACCACUGCAAGAUGUCCCGGUCAUUUUAAUUUUCCAUAUUUUUUUUUUUUUUUUCCCUCCAUCUUGUCAGUUGCAACAAAAGACUUGCAUUGUGAUAAAUCUGAAGGACACCCAAGUGGGGCAGGUUUUAAAUUUAGAAUAAAGUGCAUAUGGCCAGGAUGUCUUUUUUAAACAUUCACUGCUAAAGAUGUAGUGUUCUUGGUUGUGAUCUGAUUACAUAUUUACUGCCACUGACAUGUGUAGCUGGGUGGUGAAAGCCAUUGACAAAAAGCUGCUGAACUACAGAUUCACUUAAAACAGUAGUGUAAAGUGUCCAUUGAGAGCCUGUUGGAGACCAUAUCAAAUCUCACUAUUGUCCAUAUCACUACUGUGUAAUUUCAGAUGUAUGUUUGAAAAUUCCUGUGGUGGAUUUGUUUUUUUUGUUUUUUAAAUUCCCCCUCCACCCCCAUUCAUAGACAUAAUUUUGCUCUUGUUUUCCCCCAAUUUGGUGCCUAGACUUGUCUGCCUUCUUCCUUGUUAUCUUCAGGUGUGUGACUGCCCAUGUAAGGCUCGUCAGCAUCAUGUCCUAAAAAGCCAAAGGGCAAGGACUAACCUUGAAAGCACAAUCCAUGCAAGGCGUCUUCGCCCACUGUUUUGGCUGUUUAGAAUUGUAACUUGAGGGGUCAUUAUUCUUCCUUAUGUUGCUUAUGUUUUUGGUGUCUGCACUUCCUUGGAGCUUAGUAACUGUCUUCCUAUAUAGCCGCUUAAAACUGAUCACUGAAUGUUUUGUGGUUGCCUUUUUAAAUAUGAUGUGGUCACUAAAGUUAAAUUCUGCGAAUAUGUGGCUUUAAUCUGUUCAGCCACAAAUUGGCAAUCCUAAUGCAACAGAUUGCUUAAGACUUCCUUCCAAUGCCUCUUGUUCCAGUAAUCGGAUAGGCUUUUUUUUUUUUUUUUACCCUUUAGUACAAUUUUAAGACCCACGUGUCUACCUUCAAUGUAGGUAUAGAUUGUGGAAUUUAUUUAACAGAUUUUGGGGCAUCAUUUUAUGACAAAUGUUAACAGCUGUGCUACCUGGCUCGAUAAGAGGAAACUAGUUGUGAAUAUGUUGUUUUUACAUUUGUCUACAAUUUUCUUUUUUUAUUUUACUAAGGCAGGGAUCCUAUGUCAUAUUGGUACAGUGUUUCCCAAUUAAUUGAGGCAGCUUUUUACAUCAUUAUAAAUAAAAUGUACAGAGUGAUGUAGAUGUUGAUUAGCAUCAGAGUAUUUUUGUGUCUUUGCAGGUCAUGUUACUAGCAGCUGUAUCUCUUAGUGGGCAAAACAAACGUGUAAGACACAGAGCACCAACUUAGGUUUGUACUUUGAGUGGCUCCUAAAUGUGCAGCACAACCCAAACUAGCUUUGCCUUACUAAUGCCACAAUAGUGGGAAAACUUUCCAUGUUACUGAGAAUGGUCCCAUCAACAAUAACAAUCCAGAUCAGUUUUUCGCUACAAGAGAGCAACGUCACCACUAGAUUAUGAUUUCAGCUUUUUCUAGUGCGUUGGAGCUGUUAUUCCUCUUGACAUAGUAAGUAAAGUGGUUUAUGUAUGAAUUUGGAUCUAUAAUGAGACCCAGAAAUAUAUAAACAUUCAACUCAGAGCCACAGCAACUCCAGUGAAUCAAUUCGGCCGAACGCAGAAGAUUUGCUGGAAUUGUGGUUCUGGACUUCCCUUCAUGACCAUCAUUUUUUUACAUCUGCUUGACAAAAUUACUAAAUCAAGGCUACCACAGGUAUCUGUCUCUUGUCUCACAAGCUAAGCAAUCUAGAAUGCAGUCCUUUCAUUCUCUGUUUACAUAGGUAUACGGUUGAUGGCUCCUUUUAAAGGAACACUAUAGUCACCAGAACCUCUACAGCUUGUGGGGUUCUGGUGGCUAUAGCCUGUCCCUACAGUCUUAGCACAGCAAACUCUGCGUUUUCAGAGAUUUAAUGCAUCUCUAGGAGGAGAUGCGGAUUGUCACAGUGAAGCAUUUAGCUGCACACUAGCCUUCCAAUAGUAUGAAUUGAACUGGCUGAUCUCAUCAAGACUGAUGAUCUCAGCCGGAGAAACGGGCCGGCCGUGGAGAAAGCAGAGCGACGGCCAAGAAAAAUAAAACUCGCCUUUUAAUGAACUCAGAGGGUUGAGGUUAAGCUAGACCUUGAACAAGUCACUGCAGCAUUAGGAAUAUGUUAGUAUUCCUAAAGCUAUAGUGUUCCUUUAGGAAAUAAGGCCAUUUGAUAAACUUGCUUACAGAAUUUUUAACUUGCGAUACAAAA